CAGAACUGCUAGACGCUGUUGCGAAAAGGUAAUUUAGUAUGUCCGCUAGCCGCUGCGGGGAGAAAAGCUGUUCGAGGUAAGCUUCCUCGCCUCCAAACCCAAGGAAACCACCGGAACGCAGGUGUCCAAGGGUCAGGGGCUGGACGAGCCCGGCCACCGAGGACUGUACGGCAGCGGGGGAGCGGUUUGCAGGAGACACAGGGCCUCCCCGAGGCCGCCGCGAUGCUCCCCUCCUUGCAGGAAUCGCUGGAUGGGGAAGAAAAGGAGCUGGAGAGCAGCGAGGAGGGUGGCUCCGCCGAGGAGCGGAGAGUCGAGCCGCCGCCCAGCAGUCACUACUGUCUCUACAGCUACCGCGGAAACAGAUUGGCACAGCAGCGAGGGGACAGUGAUGGUGGAAGCCCAAGGGGCACUAAUGCAGAAACUCCCUCUGGUGAUGAUUUCAGCCUCUCCUUGGCUGAUACUAAUCUACCAUCGGAAGUGGAGCCAGAGUUGCGCAGUUUCAUUGCUAAGCGUCUUUCUAAGGGAGCGAUCUUUGAAGGACUGGGUAAUGUUGCAUCUGUGGAGCUGAGAAUUCCAGGUUACCGGGUUGGUUGUUACUACUGCCUUUUCCAACAAGAAAAAGUGCUUCCUGAAACAGCAACCGUGGACUCUGAACAUAACCCUUCUGAGUACGUGGUCUGUUUUUUAGGAGGGUCUGAAAAAGGACUUGAGCUUUUCAGGCUUGAAUUGGACAAGUACAUCCAAGGGCUGAAAAACAGCAUGAGCAGUGAGGAGAGGGGCCUGGAGAACCACAUAAAGUCCUACCUGAGCAACUGGUUUGAGGAUGUUGUGUGCCCAAUCCAGAGGGUGGUUCUUCUCUUCCAGGAGAAGCUCACCUUUUUGCUACAUGCUGCUCUGAGUUAUACUCCCGUUGAGGUUAGAGAAUCAGAUGAAAAAACAAAGAGGGACAUUAACAGGUUUCUGAGUGUGGCCAGUCUUCAAGGCCUUAUUCACGAAGGCACCAUGACGUCCUUGUGCAUGGCCAUGACGGAGGAGCAGCGUGAGUCUGUCGUCAUCAACUGCAGUGGCUCCCAGCCUCAGUUGUACAAUGCAGGAAGCAACCGAUUUUGUGAGGAUUGGAUGCAGGCUUUUUUGAAUGGUUCCGAAGGUGGGAACCCUUUUCUCUUUCGACAAGUACUGGAGAACUUUAAACUAAAGGCCAUACAAGACACAAAUAACUUGAAGAGAUUUAUCCGACAGGCGGAAAUGAACCAUUACGCUUUGUUUAAAUGUUACAUGUUCCUAAAGAACUGUGGGAGCGGGGAUGUCCUUCUGAAGAUCGUUAAAGUAGAGCACGAGGAGAUGCCCGAAGCCAAAAAUGUGGUGGCUGUCCUCGAAGAAUUUAUGGAAGAAGCUCCUGCCCAAAGUUUCUGAUCGUAUUUUGAGAGAACUGGAUUGUGAAGUUGUAGAUUCCAGUGGUGGUCUUUGACAUUAUAAUGGUUAUAAGUUGCCAUAGGAUUGCCAUUUAAGAUGAUUUGAAAUACAUUAUAGAUUUUUUCAUUUUGUACUUUUAAAAUUUAACUUAAUUAGACAUAUGAAAAUCUGAGGAAUAUCUUGAGUCCAGGUAGAUGUAUGUGAAGAGUUGCGGAAUUUCAGUACAUUGCUGGUCCCAUAAAUUCCAUACUUCAGGGAGCUGUUGCUUAAAAAACUACAGAGGUGAUUUAGUGGCUUCUCUCAGGAGUUUGCUGCAGUGUUUGGCAACCUUUGCUCUCGGAAAAGUCCUAAUACUUCUUUCUCAAAGUGUACUUCUAGUCCAAGGACAGCUCAGCACCAUGCCGCCAUCUCAAAGACAGACCUGUGCAUCCUGUGAGUGCUUGAUAGACUUUCGUCUGACUGAUAAGGGCAUGGGUGAUGAGCCAGCUUUUAAGUCGAUACGCACAUAAAUCAUGAGUGUGAAAGAAAACAGAUGAGCUUUACAGCUGCAUGCACUGGCUUCCGGAUAAAACAUCCUCUCUGAUGGAUAGCUACCGGAGAAACAGGACAUACAUUUUACAAGCAAAUAAUAACAGAACACACUCAGAUUGUUCAUAUCAGAGUCACUCAUUGCUCUUAGUGUUUUGUACUUUGUUUACAAGCCUCAUAUCGUGAUGCUCGGAACCAGCUGCAAGUGCCCUCAGCCUGAGGCAUUUCCAGUUCCCAUGGAAGACAGUGUAGCUACACACAGGACCGCGGUCUGUGCUGCACAGCCUUUGAUAAAUCCAUUUGACGGUGAUUUGUGUUUAGAAGAUCAGAAAUCUUGUGUUCUCACUGCCCUCAGGAUGCUUGGAGGAACGGGGGUUCAUAAACAUCCUAAACUCAUAAAGUCGCAUUAAGUGCUGAGUUUUAACUUCUGUAAUGACUGCCAGUGGCCUGCUUUGUCUUCCACAGAAGUCGGGGGGCAUGACUCACCAAGCCAUUUCUUUUCCUUUAAUGAGAAAUACAAUUCAGGGUCUUCAUAAAGGCUUUCAUAUGGUUUUAAACUUUAAUAACUUGGAUUGUAGGCAGUGCUGAAAAAAGAUCCAAGUAGCAUUAAAUUCAAAAUGGCUAUGGGAUGUAAGCAAUUUUGUGGCACUUCUCUUGAAUCCAACUUUUUCUAAUGUACUGGUUGCCUACUUGGAGAUUAAUUUUUAAAUAACACUAAAAGAUCAAUAUUUUGAGUCUGGAAAACAUUCUUCAUUUUCAAAUUCACAAGUCAUUCAAGAGUUCAUGUUGUAAAUGGCAUUUAAAAGCAAAUGUAUUGCCUGCUUUGAGUCAUUUAUUAAUAUAGUCAAGGUAUAAUUAUUCUUUAUGUGUACUUGCAUAUAUAUUGUGUGAUGUAGGCACACUACAUACACAGUUGUGUACAAAACAGUCUUAUUUUAAAAGUCUGUGACAAACUGUCUGUCACUACUGUAGACAGGGAAAACGGUGACGUGGAAUCAAAUGUCCUGCUGGCCACAAGAUGUUCAAAGAGCUCGUGACCACAAACCUGUACUGUAUUCAAAUCUUAAUAAGCUAAUGUAUUAAUUUUUAGUUUUAAGAAGGGUUUGCUCAAUGUGGAAUACAUGUAGGUGUGUGCUGCACACACAUAGGAAAUGUAUGUCAUGCAUCAAAAAUGGUUUCAGUUUAUCUGUAAUCACAUUUGUAAUAAUAAUAAUAAUAAUAAAACCGCUUUUCACCAACACAUUUUUAU